AUGAGUUUAAAGACUCCCUUGAGAACGCUCGAAGAGCUACCCAAGCACGUCAACGGGUACAGAAAAGACAUGAUCCGCUGGAUGCCCCUCAACAUAAUACUCAUGGGAUUUCACACAUGGGGCUUUGUUGUUUACCGCUCCGCCUACGGUGACGGCACUGACGAGACUUGGACCCGCUACCUCACCCAGCUGAAGCAGAACUGCCACGACUGCCUGGUUCAGAGCCGCCGCGCUAAAAUUCUGGAGAGAUACCUCGACUGGGUCGUCAUAGAGAACCGCGACGCUCUGAACGGUCCCACCAAGGUUGAAGUGCGAAAGCACUUCAACGGCUGGGUUUAGCGCACUAUGGACGGAGGAGUCGUCGACCCAGUCGUUGCGUCUAAGCUCACCCGCUUCAAGUGCUGCCUGUACGUUGAAAAAAGUGCCUCGACGUCCUUGACGCCUUCCAGCGCAGCCAGCAUCCUUUCAAGCCCCCCCCCCCCCCCAAUGGCCAUGGUCCUCAUUGAUCAGCUAUAGACGCCUGACCGUGAGCACUGAGAUCCUGGCUAUGCCAUUGACACGGGCGGUCACCCGCCUUUUGAGGGCUGCGACCGCAAGUACGUCAGCUGGGCAUACUCAACGUUGUCCAGGUCGUAAACCUCUACAAUGGCCUUCACGGCUCGGAACUGGACGACGACCAGCACUAUCACCGGCCGCCCGCCAUCGGUCCUUUUGGCAAUCAUGGUGUUCUGUUUGUCAAGGUCCUCCUGAGUUGCCCUGUAUUCCUCGAGCAUUGAGUCGCACGAGUCCCUGGACGACAAAAGAUGAAGUUUGCAUGGCUUGGGUAGACACAACGAGGCCCUUACUUGAUACGCUCUAUUCUACAGAGAUGCUUCCGCAUGUGUUAUCUUCUAAACUUGGUAUAUAGAAGCACAGUUUGAGACAUACGCUAAGCAGACUAUGUCUGAGGAAUUAAUACUGGAGACUCUACCCCUAUUGGAGCCGACGACGUUGGGCUGAAGAUGUAAGGAGUCGGGUUGGUAUAGGGAUAGCUAGAUUUUCUGCAACUGGAGAUGGCUAGUUGGAACUUGGCGGCGCGGGCUUUGCUAUGGUUGAUGGGCGAGUUGAUUUCGACUUCUACUGGC